CUGUGCACAUCGACUACUGGCUGGUGCUGGGCUUUCCACAGAGCAAAAUGGAUUCGAAAUAAAGUCUUUCAAACUCAAAAUCAGACCAAAUUCCUUAAAGGGUUUGCUUUAAAUCCAUUGCUCUCAUCUUAAAAAUAAUUGGUGUUUAUAGCUGGUUGCUUAUUUGGGAGGAAGUAUAAUGCCCACUAUAGCUAGAAAUGAAGGUAGGCAGCUUGAGACUGAAGUCCACAAUAUUACCUCAUCAAGAGUCUACACACAGCCUUGGUGGCGGGGUUAUGAAAGUACAUGCCUGCCUUCUCCAGGGGAAAGUGUAAAUGGUUCUGUCAGUGAAAGCGUCACCAAGGAAAGGGACACCAGUGUGGCUCCACCUUCUGAAUCAAAUGGAAGUGGCGGUCAAGGACCACAGCAAGUCAAACAUGCACCAUCAACCAUACCUAUGAGUGGGCAUCUUGAUUCCCCUUCUCAAAUGGAACUUGUUGGCCAUUCAAUUAUGUUGACACCAUACCCAUAUCCAGACCCAGCAUAUGGGGGAGUAAUUACUUAUGGGGCUCCGGUGCAUCCUCAGUAUUUUGGGAUUCAUCAGACGAGAAUGCCUCUGCCUCUUCAGAUGGAGGAAGAACCAGUCUACGUUAAUGCAAAGCAGUAUCAUGGAAUACUGAGGAGAAGGCAGUCACGUGCUAAAGCAGAGAUGGAGAAAAAGAUUAUGAAAGGGAGGAAGCCAUAUCUUCACGAAUCUCGGCAUCAACAUGCUAUGAGAAGAGCCAGGGGUUCUGGUGGUCGUUUCCUUAAUACCAAAAAGCUCGAAAACAAUGAAUCAAGAUCGUCCAAAUCUGCAUCAAAGGAGCAGACAAAGUGUGGGGAUGCUGUGCCAACACAAUCUGGCAACUCAUCAGGUUCUGAGCAUCUAUCAACUGACUGUAAUGGAUAUUCUGAUCAGUUGCGAGAGAAAGAGCAGAUGCUUUCAAAUGGCAAUGGCCGUGGUAUUUCAUCAUUUUAUUAUCAACAAUCCAGUGGCAGUGAGCGAGGAAGACAGCAUUUCAAUCAGGAGAGUUGGAGCUUGCUGGUGAACCAAGCCCCACGUGGGGCUGCUUCUAGCAAUUAAGAAGCUUCUCCUUCAGGGUAUGGAAGUGUCUCCGGCGCUGUCAUGUCUGUUGAGGUGGUCAUGAAGACAUCUCAUCCAUGAUGGUUGACAGUGGAGGUGCUGACCCAUCUUACCCACUGAAGGGAUCAAUCUCUGCAGCAUGAAAAUGCUCAGGCAAUUCAUUCUUGGCUUGGUUACUUGUCUGUACGGAGGGGAUGAUUGGAGGAACAAAGAACAGAUGGGGAGCGUGCUAUAGCUUUCAGUUCUCCAUCAGUUUCCGUUUUCUCCCUUCUUUUCCCUCUUCCAUCCAUGUAAAUUUAACAACAUCAACGGUAGGAGUAAUCUUGGAUUUGGCAUCUUAAACAUUGAAUUCUGUCAUGAAUGCUCAGUUGUGUGAGUCUUGGUUGUUUGUACCAAUGCUUUGACUUAGAUUCUUGCUUAUUCUUUCAACAGCGCAAAGAAACACACGCACACAGAAUCUAA